CCAAACAAUAAUAUUAUGAACCGUGUUUUAUUCCCAAAUUCUACUUAAUCUAAAUAAAUAGACUCACAUUCAGGAUGGGCGACGAUAUUUUAAUUUCUUUAGUGGAAAGAUAUGAAGAACUUUACAAUCUAAAACAUCGACAUUAUCAUAACCAAAAGAGAAGAGACAUUAUUUGGGACGAGAUUGGUACCAAAAUGAAUGAAAGUGGUUACACCUGCAGAGAGCGCUGGACCAAGUUAAGAGAAAAUCACCGGAAAGCAUUGCAGUUGCGCAGAACGAAGAGUGGUCAAGCGGCUUCUAAAAUGAAACCGCCAAAAUAUAACAAAGAAUUAAGUUUCUUGGUGCCACAUCUGCAAGAUGACAAAAAUCGUAGUACAAAUAAACAAAAAUAUGAUUUAAGUCUUGAUCAUACAACAGAGCACUCCAGUGUAAAUAGCCCAUUGUCUCCUCAGUCUCAGUCUUCUUUCCAGUGUGAAUCACUCGAUUAUCAGGAUUGUUCAGCCCAAAUAACUACCAGACAUGGAAGAUCGAGAAAUUUUGAUUCAGACCCAUCAACUGCAUCAGUAUUGAAAGAAUAUUUGGAACGCAGAGACACCAAUAUUUCUGAUUCAGAUGAAAAAGAUCCUCUGAUAGGAUUUUUUAUUAAUAUGGGAAGAACUGUAAGGGGUUUUCCUAUUGAAGAACAAAUAAAAUUAAAAAAUAAAAUUUUUUUAUUGGUAAAUAACACUGAAUUAAAGAUGGCAAUGCAAGCAACUGCUCGUGAAACUGAGCAGACUACUGAUAUACUAUCCCAGCCUCUAAAAAUUGAAGACAUGAGUGAAAGAACAGAAUAAGUAACAUUUUGUAACAUACGGACAUUCUAUAAAUCUUUGUCAAACGCAUAUCUACGGUGUUCAUUUAAUCAUGCCACGUAGACACUUGACUAGGAACGAAAUGUUAAUCAUGCCCAUGAUUCAAGCUGGUGCUACCCAAACUAAGGUUUCUGAAGCCAUGAGGAUCAGUCAGAGCGUUAUAUCUAGGCUUUGGUCAUGUUAUCGUGUCACGGGGGAAAUUCAAAUUAAUUUAUUUUUGCGUAUGAUUGUUACAAUAAACACUUGUAGUGGUGGAACGGUACCGAGGACCUCAGCGCAUAACACAAAUGUACAGGAACGAUUCAUAGUAAAUGCUGCACGAAGUCAAACAAAUGUAACGGCGAUGCAAUUGAUUCAAAGACUACGGAGAGAGUAUGGUUUGCUGGUAAGCAGUCAAACUUUGAGAAGACGACUGCAUGAAGUCAAGUCCACUUUGGGUAUCAGCGCUAAGGAGAGGCAAUCGUGGAAGAAGAUUACAAUGGGCUAUUGCACACGAAAACUGGAACCAUUCUGAAUGGUCACUUGUGCUUUUCACUAAUGAAUCCAGGUUUAGAUUUCAUCCUGAUUCGUGCAGAUUACGCGUUUGGAGAGAACCUAGAUAGUGGACGUUGGAAUCGACUGCAGCACCCACAAGUUCAUGCAUAUCAAGGUGGCAUGAUUAAGGUUUGGGCAGGUAUAUCGACUCGGCGGUAGAACGGACCUUGUUUGGAUACAAGGCAAUAUGACUGCUCUAAAAUACCGAGAUGAGGUGCUAGAGCCUGUAAUCUUGCCCCACAGACAGCAAAUGGGACAAAAUUUCCAGCUUAUGCACGACAAAUGUCCACAUACGGCGCGUAUUACAAGUUAGUUACAACAGCAUGAUAUCCAUGCUUUAGACUGGCCUGCAAAAUCCUCUGUCUUAAAUCCUAUUGAGCAUGCCUGGGAUAUGCUUCAGAGAAGAGCUCUUAGGAAUUUCCCUGAAGAUAUGAAAACCAGCUUUUCUUGCAUCUUAGUAGGAGUUGGGACAGUAUUCCACAACAGGAUAUUGACACCCUUGUUUUGAGUAUGCAGAACCGCUGCAGAUGUGUCAAGAGGUGGAUCCACGGAUUAUAUUUAUUAUCAGAUUAGAUGCUAU